AUGACAUCUCUUUCAUUCAUUCAAAUCAAUGUUCCAACAUCACAUUCUUCUCCCUAUAUAAGCCUCACUUCCAACCACAAUUUCCUAACAAGUUCGAAGCUGAGUUCUCUUCCAAUUUCCUCCGGCGGACAAUUUGUCAAGCGCAUGGAGUACAGCAUUCCUCCCCCCAGCAACCUCACCUCAUCAACAGCGUCAUCCUCGAAGGCGAAGAAAAAGAGCGGGAAGAAAAGCAAGGGAGGUGUGAAGCUUUCCACCGAUCCACAGAGCGUGGCAGCUCGAGAACGAAGGCACCGGAUCAGCGAUCGGUUCAAGAUCUUGCAGAGCAUGGUUCCUGGUGGGAGCAAGAUGGACACAGUGUCGAUGUUAGAGGAAGCGAUUCAUUACGUGAAGUUUCUGAAAACUCAGAUAUGGCUCCACCAAACCAUGAUUAACUCUGUCGACGAUGACUACCUUUCAUUUCCCAACCAUGAACAGUUCCCUUCUCUUCAACUAAACCCACCUUCUUCUUCUUCAGUGGGUUCUGUGCAGAAUUUGACGCAGAUACCACUGGAAGAACAGUAUUGCUGCUUCGAAAACGAAGUUACUGCAACAAUACUGGACGCCAAUAUGAACUAUUGGCCGGCUUAGUCUUUACUCUAUAUUUGUCCUAUA